AUGUCCAGCGAUAUUCCAAUCGAGUUCACAGAACCCCUUCAGUUGACCGAUAUCGGCAUCCAGCCCCAAUUCCUGGAUUUUCGAUCCACGACGUUGGAAUCUGAUCGUUUCGUGUGUGUCAGGGAACAAGGUGCCAAUGGCAACACUGUCAGCAUCAUUGACUUGCACAACAACAACAAUGUGACCAAAAAGAACAUGACAGCGGAUAAUGCCAUCAUGCAUCCAUCUCAGAACGUUAUUUCUCUGCGUGCUAACGGAACAACCCUACAGAUCUUCAACCUGGAUACCAAACAGAGACUAAAGUCGUUCACGAUGUCAGAACCCGUUAUAUUCUGGAAAUGGCUCAAUGAGCAGACUCUUGGUUUGGUAACUCAGAACGCAAUUUUUGAGUGGAAUGUAUUUGAUGGCACUGGGGAUGGUCCAGUUAGAUUGGCCGAUAAACAUGUCUCUUUAACCAACAACCAGAUCAUCAACUAUGUAUCGAACAAGGACAACACUUGGAUUGCAGUCACUGGUAUCGCUCAAGAAGAGGGACGCAUUGUAGGCCACAUCCAAUUGUACUCAAAGGCAAGAAAUAUCUCCCAGGCAAUCGACGGUCACGUCUGUAAUUUCGCCACAUUGAAAUUGAGCGGUGCCUCCGUCGACACACAGGUAUUUGUAUGUGGUAACAGAACGGCCACCGGUGGUCAAUUACACGUAAUUGAAAUUGACCAUCAAGAGGGAGCUCCUGUUUUCCAGAAGAAGAAUGUGGACAUUUUCUUUCCUGCAGAUGCAGCCAAUGAUUUCCCAGUAUCCGUCCAUGUUUCUCAAAAAUACGGUAUCAUCUAUCUGCUUACAAAGUACGGUUUCAUUCACUUGUACGAUGUUGAGUCAAGCACCAGUUUGUUUGUAAACAGAAUAUCGGCAGAGCCUGUAUUUACUGCCGCUUCAUACAACAAUGGUACCGGUAUCAUCGCCAUCAACAGAAGCGGCCAGGUGCUAACUGUUGACCUCUCCAGAGAAUCGUUCAUUCCUUAUAUUUUGAACAAGCUCUCUAACAUUCCUUUGGCUCUAUCUCUUGCUUCAAGAAGUGGACUUCCAGGAGCUGAGAAUCUUUUUACUCAACAAUUUAAUCAGUGCUUAGCCUCAGGAGACUACGACAAUGCUGCCAAGAUUGCUGCCUCUUCUGAACAACUGAGAACUUCUGAGACGAUCAACCGUCUGAAGAACUUGCAGCCAGCCCCAGGUCAGAUCUCCCCUAUCUUGAGUUACUUUUCCAUCCUAUUGGACAAGGGAACCUUAAACAAGUUCGAGUCCAUCGAAUUGGCUAAGCCCGUUCUACAACAGGAUAAGAAGCCUCUAUUCGAGAAAUGGUUAAAGGAAGACAAGCUGCAAUCAUCCGAGGAGCUUGGUGACAUCGUCAAGCCUUUUGAUACCACACUUGCCUUGGCUGUCUACAUGCGUGCACAAGUUCCAGUUAAGGUAGUGUCAUGCCUUGCUGAAAUUGGCCAAUUUGACAAGAUCUUGCCUUACUGUGAAAAGGUCAACUAUCACCCAGAAUACACUAUCUUGAUUCAAAAUAUUGUUAGAGUGAAUCCAGACAAAGCGGCUGAGUUUGCCACAUCCUUAUUGCGACAAACUCCAGGUUUAGACAUUGAGAAAAUUGCUGAUAUUUUCUUGUCUCAAAACUACAUUCAGCAAGGUACCGCUUUCCUUUUGGACGCAUUAAAAGAUGAUAAACCAGCAGAGGGCCAUUUGCAAACGCGGUUAUUGGAGAUUAAUCUUUUGCAUGCUCCUCAAGUGGCUGAUGCUAUUCUGGGGAACAACAUGUUUUCGCAAUAUGACCGACCAACUAUUGCCGCAUUGGCAGAAAAGGCUGGUUUGUUUCAAAGAGCAUUGGAGCACUUUGACGAUAUCAAGGACAUUAAGCGAGUGAUUGUGAACACUCAAGCUUUUCCAACCGACUGGUUAGUCAACUACUUUGGCAAACUCAACGUUGAACAAUCUGUAGCAUGUUUAAGAGAAAUGCUCUCCAAGAAUAUUGCACAGAACUUGCAGGUUGUGAUUCAAGUGGCCACCAAAUAUUCAGACUUGAUAGGACCAGUAACUUUGAUCAAGGUGUUUGAGGAAUUUAAGUGCACAGAAGGUGAAUACUAUUAUUUGGCCUCUAUUGUUAACGUAACGCAAGAACCAGAAGUUGUCUUCAAGUACAUUGAAGCCGCUGCUAAGUUGGGACAAGUUAAAGAAAUCGAGAGAGUCACCAGAGAGAAUAACGUCUACAAUGGUGAAAAAGUUAAGAACUUCUUGAAAGAAGCUAAGUUGGAUGACCAGUUACCUUUGAUCAUUGUUUGUGAUCGUUAUGACUUUGUUCAUGAUUUGGUAUUGUACCUGUACAAGAAUAAAUUUUUCAAGUUUAUCGAAGUUUAUGUUCAGCAAGUCAAUCCUUCCAAAACACCACAAGUCAUUGCAGGUCUUUUGGAUGUUGAUUGUGAUGAGGCCAUUAUACAAUCCCUACUACAAACAGUAAUUGGCCAAGUUCCAAUUGCCCCAUUGGUAGAGGAAGUCGAAAAGCGAAACAGAUUGAAGCUGUUGCUUCCUUUCUUAGAACAAACUCUUCAAGGAGGGUCUGCUGACAAAACCGUGUACGACACUUUGGCCAAAAUUUACAUUGACUCUAACAACAAUCCUGAAAAAUUCUUGCAGGAUAACGAUAACUACGAUACACUUGUUGUUGGUAAAUAUUGUGAAAAGAGAGAUCCAUACCUUGCUUACAUUGCUUAUUCUAAGGGUCAAAAUGAUGAAGAACUCAUCAAAAUAACAAAUGAAAAUGCAAUGUUCAAAUACCAAGCAAGAUACUUAUUAAGUAGAUCUGACCGUCAAUUGUGGUCAGUUGUUCUUUCUGAAGACAACAUGUACAGGAGACAACUUAUCGACCAAGUUGUUGGUACUGCCAUUCCAGAACUUGAAGAUCCUGAGCCAGUAUCAUUGGCUGUCGAGGCUUUUAUGGACGCCGACUUGCCAUCUGAACUGAUUGAGCUGUUAGAAAAGAUUAUCUUGGAGCCUUCCCCUUUCAACGAUAACCCUUCCUUACAGGAACUAUUGAUUUUGACCGCCAUCAAGGCUGAUCAAACAAGAGUUGAUUCAUACAUUGAAAAGCUUGAUGACUUUGAUCCGGAGGAGAUUGGCUCUUUGGCCACAGAAGCUGGAUUGUAUGAAGAGGCAUUCAAGGUGUACAACAAAUUUGAACUGUACGGUAAGGCUUUGAAGGUGCUAGUGGAAGAUGUCAUGUCUCUUGAUAGAGGUGAAGAAUAUGCUGAAAAGCUUGACAAACCUGAACUGUGGUCGCAAUUGGGUGCUGCCCAGCUAAAUGGUUUACGAAUUCCAGAGGCUAUCGAAUCUUAUAUCAAGGCUGGCGAUCCUUCCAACUUUGAGCAAGUCAUUGACAUUGCGGAGCAUGCAGGAAAAGAGGAGGAACUUAUUCCAUUCCUAAAGAUGGCUAGAGAAACCUUAAGAGAACCAAAGGUUGACGGCGCUAUCAUCAAUGCCUAUGCUAACACAGAUAGAUUGAACGAUAUUGAACACUUUUUGCAAUUGUCAAAUGCUGCUGAUCUUGAAUCUAUUGGUGACAAGUUGUACGAAAAGCACAACUAUGAAGCUGCGAAGCUGCUUUAUUCCAGUAUUUCUAACUACAGCAAGCUGGCAUCUACCUUAGUUUACCUGGGAGAUUACCAAGCUGCUGUCGAUUGUGCUAGAAAGGCAUCCAAUGUGAAGGUAUGGAAGCAAGUCAACGAAGCUUGUAUCGAUAACAAAGAAUUCCGUUUGGCCCAGAUCUGUGGUUUGAAUUUGAUCAUUCAUGCCGAGGAACUUGACGAGCUUGUUAACAAAUACGAAUACUUUGGAUACUUUGACCAACUUCUUUCAUUGUUUGAAAACGGUCUAGGGUUGGAACGUGCUCAUAUGGGUAUGUUUACUGAGCUUGCUGUUUUGUACACGAAGUAUUCUCCAGAUAAAACCAUGGAGCAUUUGAAAUUGUUUUGGUCUCGUAUCAACAUUCCAAAAGUUUUGAGAGCUUGUGAGGCUGCUCAUCUAUGGCCUGAACUGAUUUUCUUAUACUGUCACUACGAUGAGUGGGACAACGCUGCUUUGACUAUCAUUGAAAGAUCAAGUAGUGCAUUUGAACACAGCUCAUUCAAGGAGGUUAUUGUCAAGGUGUCGAACUUAGAAAUCUACUACAAGGCUAUCAACUUUUACCUGAACGAGCAUCCAUCGUUGUUGACGGACUUGCUAUCUGUUAUGAUUCCAAGAAUCGACUUACCAAGAGUAGUAAAGUUGUUCCAAAAAUCGGACAACCUCCCAUUAGUGAAGCCGUUCUUAAUCUCCGUCUUGGACAAAAAUAACUCUAUUGUGAAUCAAGCAUACCACGAUUUGCUUAUUGAAGAAGAGGAUUACAAGUCUUUGAGAUCAGUAAUUGAAUCCAACGAUAAGUUUGAUGCUCUAGGACUGGCAGAAAGAUUGGAGAAACAUGAGGUAAUCUUUUUCAGACAAAUUGCAGCAGUCCUUUACCGUAAGAACAAGAAGUGGAACAAAGCUAUUUCCAUUUUGAAAACAGAUAGGUUGUGGAGCGACGUCAUUGAAACUGCAGCCAUUUCUGGUAGUGAGAAGGUUGCAUCUGAAACAUUGCAGUACUUCGUUGAGACUGGUAAUAAGGAGUGCUUUGUAGCCACUUUGUAUGCCUGUUAUCAUCUAGUCAACCCCGACUCAAUUUUAGAAUUGAGCUGGCUUCAUGGUUUGGGUGAUUACACUAAGCCUUAUGAAAUCUCCAUUGCCAAAAAUAAUCAGGACAGAAUCAACGAGUUGUACAAGGAUCUGAAGAAGAGGCAGAGCCAAGAAACAAAUGCUGAUGAUGAACAGGCAGGGUCUCAAAGAUUGUUGUUAACCAAUGGUACUGGCAUUGGUCUGCAACCAACCGGUACUGGAUUUGGGGGAUUUUAG